AUUCAUUCAGAGAGGAAACAUGAAUACUUUGAACCUGAGCAUACUACUGAGUCUGGCAGCUGCAGUUUACUGCGCACCACUAUCGCAGAUUAACCAACAGGAUGAGAGCUUUGCAAAGAACUACCUGAAGACGUUCUUCAACCUGACAGAGGAGAGCGGGCCGACUGUGAGGCGGGGGUUCAACCCUGCCGCCGUGAAGCUGAUGGAGAUGCAGAGGUUCUUCGGUCUGCAGAUCACGGGGACUCUGGACACUGACACCCUGGCCAUGAUGAAGAAGCCUCGAUGUGGCGUUUCAGAUCAAAAAGUGGCCCGUUUCUCAACUUUCGGGGGAUUCAAGUGGGAAAAAAACAGCCUCACCUACAGGAUCGAGAACUACACACCUGACAUGUCUGCUGCUGAGGUGGAUGACUCCAUCGAGAGAGCUCUGCAGGUCUGGGCUCAGGUCACGCCGCUAAGAUUCACCAGAAUCUACAAUGGAAUCGCCGAUAUCAUGAUCUCUUUUAGUCGACAAGCACAUGGCGAUGGUUACCCCUUCGAUGGUCCUGGCGGCACCCUGGCCCAUGCUUUUGCCCCGUCUACUGGGAUCGGUGGAGAUGCCCAUUUUGAUGAUGAUGAGGACUUUACCUUCAGCUCAAACAGAGGAUACGUUCUCUUUCUGGUCGCCGCCCAUGAGUUCGGUCACUCUCUGGGCUUGUCCCACUCUGAUGAUCCUGGUGCUCUCAUGUAUCCUAUCUACUCGUUCUCCAACCCAGAGACCUUUGUUCUGCCUCAGGAUGAUGUGAACGGCAUCCAGUCUCUCUAUGGUGCAAAUGAGGAUCCAGUUGAGCCUAGACCCACAGCUCCCCCCACACCCAACGCCUGUGAUUCCACCAUGACCUUGGAUGCUGUUGCCACCCUUCGAGGAGAGAUGCUCUUCUUCAAGGACAGCUUCUUCUGGCGUAGCUACCCUCAGAGCGCUACUCCUCAGCAGACCCGCAUCACCAAUUUCUGGCCCAAUGCACCUGUCAAUAUUGAUGCCGCCUACGAGAGCCAGCAGUCAGACAGAGUUUUGCUCUUUAAAGGACGCCAAGUGUGGGCUUUCAGCGGCUAUGAUCUUGUGUCUGGCUAUCCUAAGCCACUUUCCAGUCUUGGUCUGCCCAAAACUACAAAGAAAGUCGACGCUGCCCUCUACGAUGUUGCAUCCCGCAAGACUCUCUUCUUUGUUGGCAGCAAUUAUUACAGUUACGAUGAGGCCAAAGAGACUAUGGAUGAAGGAUUCCCCAAACGGGUGGAUGAGACCUUCUCCGGCAUGUCGGGCAAGGUUACGGCGGCUUUCCAGUACAGAGGUUUCACUUACGUCUACAGCGGACCCUACAUGUUUGAGUACAGCCUGAGGAGCGGCAGGCUGUUCCGUGUGCUGAGGAACAGCUACUUCCUGCGCUGCACUAACUACUGAACCAGCUGACCAAGCACUUUACAGAGCCACACUGAACAGCAGUGAACGUGGCUUAACGUCCAUUUUCUUCAAUGUUACAUGCAUAUAUUGAAUGUAUGCAUUUGAAAAAACAGCACCUUAUUUUGUUUUUUGAUUUUGUAUGUUUUCUAUUAACACUUGAAAAUUAAUUUAUCUCUUAUUUAACUCUCUUGUUUAUUUAUGUCAUAUGCAUUGCACAGCUGUUGCAGUUGCCAUUUUUGAGCUGAUUUUGUUUUUCUGUUCAAUGAAGUAAAAUGAUUGUGUUUUAUUAUUUGUGCAUUUCUUUGUGCUCACUUGAGGAUAACUGUGACAAAUCAAAUGAAUGUAUUGUACAUA